AUGAAAGGAGAGCUUCGAACCAGUGCCUGAUACUGGUGAGAUGUGCCCUUAGCAACCCAGCCUGAAUCGGAGGAGGCAGCUAAUGCUGCGUAUCAACUUGAGCUCCCAAAUUGUCCCUGUGGGUAGCAGCUCUGAGCAGGGCACGCGGCCAUAAUCCUGUCUCAGCAACACAAAGGUAGGAAUGACACUCCCUGUCACUCAGUCUGAAUGGAAGGGAAAUGAUUGCAGCCAUGGCAGUGCUCCCCUGUCACAUAAGCCUCUAGGAGGAGGAGCUAUUCCCGAGGCACCCUGGAAUUAGAGGAUUAGAGUGAGCAUCGAAUAGUCCCAAAAGCUUGUCAUUCCUACACUUUGGGCAAGUUCCCGACUGCACGCGCUUCUCUGCCCCCCCCAACAAGGCAUAACACAAUUUCAAAGGAUUAUAUGUAAUAGGUGAAAAGAUGUAGGCUGUGCAAUCUUAUGCAAGUUUGCUCGGAAAUGAGUUUCAUUGAGUUAAACGGAAUUUGCUCUUGGGUAAAUGGAUGUGAGAGUGCAGGCAGUUGAAAAGGAAAAGGAAAAGGCUCCAUACAGGAGUGCUGUUUUUGUUUUUGUUUUGUUUUAAAAAUUGUUUUUAUUUUUUAUCUAUGUCAUUUUAAAUUGUGAUUGAUAUUAAUGCUGUAUUCUUAGUUUUAGAUUUUAUGAGUUAUGUGGAAACUGUUUUCCAUUUGGUUGUGUACUUUCUGAUGUGUUUUAUUUAUUGUUUAUGACUUUUGUUAUGUUGGUAGUUAUGUAAAUCCGGUCAUGCUGUAAGCCGCCUUGAGCAUUGUUUUUAACUAUGGAAAGGCGGCAUUCAAAUAAAAUGAUGAUGAUGAUGAUCAAGAAAUUCCAAGUUUGUUCCUUCGUUGCCAGCAAUAUUCAGUGGAUGGGUUUGUUUUAUUUCGUCAACACUCCCUAACCCUCUGACCAAGCCGUCACCUGCCUUUGUGAAAAACAUGUCUGAUUAUUCUAUAUUGAAAUGGAAACAUGAUGUAAACUUAUUUUAAUAACUUUCAGUGCAUUAUAUGAACUAUCGGAAUAGGUUGUUGCCCAGGUAGCUUCCAGGAUGGGUGUCCCUAUUUUCCCACCCUAGUUACACUACUGCCAUGGAAAGUAGAGGGAAGAAAUCUAUUUCCACAUACAGCAAAACACACUGAUGGCAGUUAUGUCAUUUCCAUCUGUAUCUCACCUCCUCAGCUUGCCUGUGCUUCCUGACUGUGGCAAUCUGCAGUAGGGAUGGCAGCAAAUUCAGGUUCCUUCUCUGCCACCACUGCAUCUUCGGAGUGGCAACCAGCAGAACUCUUUCAAGUUGUCUCCUCCUUAUGGCCUCCUGCCAGGUAAUUUACCUGAACUCUCAGUACCAUGCUGAGACAUAUUUGCAAAGCACUUGGAGGAGAAAAUCACUUCCAUGCGUCCAUUCCGACUUGGAUCCCAGUACGUUUCUGAGCACAAUUCAAAGUGUUGGUGCUGCUGACCUUUAAAGCCCUAAAUGGCCUCAGCCCAGUAUACCUAAAGGAGCAUCUCCACCCCCAUUGUUCAGCCCGGACACCGAGGUCCAGCUCUGAGGGCCUUCUGGCGGUUCCCUCGCUGCAAGAAGUGCGGUUACAGGGAACCAGGCUGAGGGCCUUCUCAGUGGUGGCACAUGCCCUGUGGAAUGCCCUCCCAUCAGAUGUCAAGGAAAUAAACAACUAUCUGACUUUUAGAAGACAUCUGAAGGCAGCCCUGUUUAGGGACGUUUUUAAUGUUGGAUGUUUUAUUGUGUUUUUAAUAUUCUGUUGGGAGCCGCUCAGAGUGACUGGGGAAACCCAGCCAGAUGGGUGGGGUAUAAAUAAAUUAUUAUUAUUAUUAUUAUUAUUAUUAUUAUUGCUAUAUUGGAUGGAGAACAAUUAUAUAAUAUCUUAGACCCUUCUGGUUGCUUCAGCCUAGAUUUGUUUAUUGCAGUCAGAGGAUGUUGGCAGUGUGUUUGGAACAGUACAUCCAGCCACCUAGAGUAUGAACUUGACUUUUGACCGCUGUAUAACUAACUAGUUGAGUGGGGUGUGAUUGGUUGGGUGCAGAAAGUGGUAAAUAUCUCACUAGGACUUUUCAUUUUCCUUAGCGAAGCACUUGAAGAGGGAGCUGGAGGUUUUCUCUUGAAGAAAUGGUCCAUGGAUUGAGGCGAUUCUUCCAAAUAUGAGCUGAUCAUAAAUUCUCUGGAUGAUCUGCCAAUUUUGGGUUCUCUUAGUUUCUUCUUAUUCUUGUCUUUUAAAUCGGUCUGCUGUACCAGUUUGUUAAUGAGGUCUGCCCAAAAAUGUAUACGCACACUUCUUCUAAUAUGCCUCAUAUUUUAGGCCAACUUUUAACUUAUUCUUUGUCUUUUGAUCUCUCAGACCUAUGCUCCUACAACCAUUGUGGUUCAAAACUGGUUGAAGCAGGGUUCCAGGAAAGUCGGGCAAAGGCUUGCAAAAGUAUUUGGACUAGCUUCAAUACAAUUUGUGAAAAUGCCUCUGUUUCUAACUGACUUCCAGUCAAACAAGAUAUUUUUGGCUAGAUGCCUGCUGCAGUAUGCUCAGACAUAAUUUGGAUCCAAGUUUUAUAGUGAACCCGAGGGCCAAAGUAAGCAGGAACGCUUGAGAAAUUACAUCUGUUUGCUUUAAGGUCACAUUUCCAACUAGAGUUGGCCGUUCUGAGGGCAUAUCUAUCUGCACCGCAGCUUUAAAUUAUCCAUUGCAUAUUAUUAGCAACAAGUAAUUUUUCUCUCUCCAUCCUGUCCCAUCCCCUCCAGUGUGGAGCAAGGUCUUAUGGCUACUCUGUUCCCCACGAGGAUUCUGAAUACGCUUGUAAAAUACCGUGUCGACAAUUUGUGUUCCUUGCAAGACACUGGGGGGUUCUUUCUGUCUGUACUUGGGACAAUGAAAUAGAUCUUCCAGCAAAACCACCCUCUUAAACGGGGCAUCAGUCUUGAGGUCUACAGUGGUACGUUGGUUCUCAAACACCUUGGUACUCAAACAGCUUGGAACCCAAACAUUGCAAACCCAGAAGUUAGUGUUCCAGUUUGUGAACUUUUUUCGGAAGCCAAACAUGCUCCAUUUUGAGUGCCACACUUCUGUUUUGAGUGUUACGCUGAAGUCUGACUGUUUUUGCUAUUUAUUUUGCGUUUUUGUUUUUGUGGCUUUUUUGUUUUGUUUUUGUGACUGUGUGGAACCCAGUUCAGCUACUGAUUGAUUGAUUGACUGACUGACUGAUUGUGUGACCGCAGUACAUUGUUUAUUGCUUUCAUUUUAUGGAUCAAUGGUCUCAUUAGAUAGUAAAAUUCAUGUUACAUUGCUGUUUUAGGGGUUGUUUUUAAAAGUCUGGAAGGGAUUAAUCCAUUUUGCAUUACUUUCUAUGGGAAAGCGCGCCUUGGUUUUGGAACACUUUGGUUUUGGAACAGACUUGUGGAAUGGAUUAAGUUUGAGAAGGUACCAAGGUACCAGUGUAGUUGUUUAUGAGUCCCCAGGGCAGCAGUGGGGAACUUGCAGCCGCUCUCAGUGUUAUUGAGCUGCCAUUCCCAUCAUCCUUGACUAUUGGCUAUGCUGGCUGGGACUGAUGGGAUUUGGAGUCUCAAUGAUUCUGUACUGCUGCCCUAGGAAAUAUGGUAUUUUAAGAGACUAUUCUAUCAAGGUUAAAGCCAACUCCUGUUGCAUAUAUAUCCACGACAACCCUAUUUCUGUUGACAUCAUUUGUCCCUACACUGAGUAAUCUUUUUACUGCCCUAUCACCCAGCACGCUAUUUAUUUAUUUUAUUGCCCAACUUACCACAGUGCCUGCUAGCUGAUCUGGCAGCAAGUUCAGGUCAAACGAAAUUACAGAGGCUAACAGUGAGAACAACGUAUAAAUGUCUUUCUCGGUUCAUGUGCCUUUGGAGGGCAGCCCGGGGCAGAUUGAGUUGAGCUGCUGCCGUUCCUUUGGAUGCAAUUGAAAAAAGGCUAAGCCUCUUGAGAGUCCCAUGGACUGCAAGAAGAUCACACCUAUCCAUUCUGAAAGAAAUCAGCCCUGAGUGCUCACUGGAAGGACAGAUCGUGAAGCUGAGGCUCCAAUACUUUGGCCACCUCAUGAGAAGAGAAGACUGCCUGGAAAAGACCCUGAUGUUGGGAAAGAUUGAGGGCACAAGGAGAAGGGGACAACAGAGGAUGAGAUGGUUGGACAGUGUUCUCGAAGCUACCAGCAUGAGUUUGACCAAACUGCGGGAGGCAGUGGAAGACAGGAGGGCCUGGCAUGCUCUGGUCCGUGGGGUCACGAAGAGUCGGACACAGCUAAACGAUUAAACAACAACAAGCCUCGACAGGAGAACAAUGGUCUCUUUGCAAAGGUCACAAUGGGGUGUAUCAAAAAGGUCUGGGGAGGACAAUGUGGCAAUGUGGAAGUGUGUUAGACUCAGGCCAGUAGAACCUGAGUUCAAACUCAGUUAUGAAGCUCACUGGUCGAUGCAAGACUACCCAGUAUCUCUCUCAGCCUUAACCUAUUUCUGUGUCCGGACAGCGAGCAACAGUCUUUCCAAUGUGUUGACGGAGGAAGCAGUAAGGACUAGACUCAGAAGUGUUUCUCAAACUCGGGUCCCCAGCUGUUGUUGGACUACAACUCCCAUUAUCCCUAGCUACCAGGACCAGGACCAGGGAUGAUAGGAAUUGUAGUCCAAAAACUGUCGGAGACCCAAGUUUGGGAAACACUGAUUUAGUAUCCUCUUUCAGGCUGUGCUCCUGCUACUUUGGCAAGCGUUCUUCCCCUUAGCCAGCCUUCUUUCUCCUUUGCUGUGUGAUCCCAAACACUCAGGGAUCCUGCAGCGAAUGUGAUGACAUCAUGAUAAUGUGUAGCCAAUCACAUCUGGCUUAUGUGGCAACAUGAAACUCCAGCUGAAAGAGAGUUUCACAUGGACCAUCCUAGCCAAACAAGGACCAUCCUAGCCAAACAAGGGGCAGGGGACAAUCAAAUAUGAAAAUUUUGAUUGACUGUGACAGCACUAACUUAUGUCAGCCACAUGGGGCCUAGGACUUGGCUAACAUUAGUAAAGAAACAGCGAUUUGAAUGUGCUAUAUACAUGCAACACCAGAUGGCGCCAGAGAGCAGGAAAUUUCCAAGCGUGAUUUUUCAUAGAUUUUUUUCCUUCUGUUAAAAUGAUCUAAUUUCUGACUUAUUUCUAGCGGUUUCCCCCUGUGUUUAGACUCACCCCUGGACAAAUAUUUUAUGGCAAUGGAGGGCCAAACAUCUUAUCUUAAAAUCAAGGCACUCAGGCUUCCCCACCCCUCUGGAGCAGGUGGCAAAGAUUACUUUCCCCCUUGCUGUUGUUAUUUAGGCAGAGAAUAUGGAGAUCAUCUUUUGGUGGGAAAUGAGGACGAAAGCAUUUCGUCUGUUUCUCAUUUUAUUCUUAAAAGAUGGGAUACGGUCAACUCCAGAACAGUCGUAGCCACCUGUUCAAUUAGGGUUUGUGAACUGAAGCUGAUGGGAAUUUGACACUCUGUUGCUUUGCUGGGUUUUUGGGAUGGAUCAAUGGAGUCUUCUCAGAUAGCAGUGACACAAUCUGUAUGCUAGCCCGUGGAAUCCCAGAUGUCUCCCAUAAAUCAUUAGCAUACAGCCCCUGCUACAGUCGAGAAGGCUGAGUGUAGCAUAAUGCACUAAAAAUAAUAAAUCAAAUUAGCACAAAGGUCAAGCCAGCCCAGAGGGACCGGGGAUCAGCUAGUUCAUCCUUGCAGUGCAAGCUAAGCGAUGCGGUGAAAUAGAUGGAAUCUCCACCUGCCUCUUCCCAGAGACAUAAUUCAUUACCAAGCCCUGAGAUGCAAGGAAGAAAAUGUGGCCGCAAGAGAGUUUAGUCCAAGCAAUGUGGCAGGGAAAAGGAAUAUCUGAGGCUCUUGCAAGAGAAGAGCAGAAGAGCUGAAGGGGCCAGUUUGUAUGGCAGAAAUUGAAAGUUCCUGGUUAUCCUGAAACGCUGCAAAACUAUAUGGAUGUGGGCAGAGGCAUCUUAGAGAUGGAAACCAUGAAGAGGUCAAAUAGAUUCUAGAACCAAAACGCAUUUGUUUCCAAAAAUUCUCAUUUUCUAAUUAUAUUGUUAAGUAUCAAGUAUUCAGAGAAUAUUCCCGUACCAGUAAUUUGGAGAAAUCUUGGAGGGUAUGGAGUUAUCUCCUUGGCUGGGGGGGGGGGGUCACAUAACUCCAUACUCUCCAACAUUUCUCCAAAUUACUGGUACUGGAAUAUUCUCUGAAUACUUGAUACUUAACAAUAUAAUUAGAAAAUGAGAAUUUUUGGAAGCAAAUGUGUCUUUAUCUCCUUGGCUCGGGGGGCGGGCGUGUCACAUGAGUGAGUAUAUAACCUUUAGAAGACAUCUGAAGGCAGCCCUGUAUAGUUUUAUGAUGUUUUUAUAUAUGUUGGAAGCUGCCUAGAGUGGCUGGGGUAAUCCAGUCAGAUGGGUGGAUUAUUAUUAUUAUUAUUAUUAUUAUUAUUAUGGAAUAGGACAUCCCUAUUUUCAUUUGAGAAAUGACGGAGGGUGUGUAAUACCUCCUGGACAUGUGAAUACUUGAAUUGUGGGAGUAGUACAGAGAGACUGUGCUAGAUUAUAAAUAUUCUUGGUUUGGUUUCCAUCGUUGUGGUUAAGCAAUUCUCUGCUGUAAAUCUAAAAAACCUGAGCAGUCUGUCUCUUUAGACUCCCAGGGAAUGUGGGGGGAAACAGAAGUGCCAUUUGAUUUCUUCCUCCCCACUUGCAAUUUGCUUUCUCUGAAUAAUCGCUCCAAUCCUUUAUAUUUCAAUCCUGUGAAAUAUAUUUAGUAGGAGGCCUUGUGUGGCAGCGAUUAAGACUGUGUGUGAUUUUUUUAAAAAAAUAAGGUGGAAUUAGAAGCAGUCUGCGCUCGGUAUCAAGGGAAAGGGAAUUCAGGAAAGCAGGGCUGCAAAUUUAUCACAGCGGCAGCAACAUGCCUUCCACCUAGCGAAGCCAAGAUCAUAAUAACAGAUGCACAUAAUAAUUACCUGCACCUCAAAAGGCAGCUCUGAGACUUGCGACUUCUGCUUCCUGCAUCACACAGUCAGUGAAACAGCAGGGUAAAGAUGUAAGAAAAAGCAGAAGCAAGGCAGCGUUGGUGGUAAGUACUGAAAGGCAAGUGGCAGAGCUGACGGGAGGAUAUCAAAAGGCAACGGAGGAUUGCUAAGGAUAGAGGGAGGAGGCUUCUGCAGCUAGCUGAAGGGACAACAUAAAACCCUGCAAACCCAUCAUAAAGAAGAGCUUUACCUUUUGUCUUGCCUAGAGCUGUGAUAAAUGCUCAGGGUGAUUUGCCAAUGUGCAAUUCAGGACUCUGGCAGGUGUAGUGCCUAUGGGUGGGAGCCCAGAAGUCCCUGGAAUCUCACUUGAACUCGCUAGGUGAUCUUAGCUAAGUGGCCCAACUUCCCAUCUGCAAUGGGGGCGGGAUAAUAACACUACCCUCCCUUUUGGGGUUCUUGUAAGGAGUACUGAGAAAAUGUGAAGUGCUGUCAGCAUUUUAAAUAUGCUACAUGAACACUGGGCGUUGUUAUUAUUUAAGCUUAAUUUCUACAGAGUGUGCAGUGUCUACAUUUUGCAACCCAACAUGUCUCAAAUAAUGUAAAAGUUUGCCUUCAUUUAGGACGGGGUUUCCCAAACUUAGGUCUCCAGCCGCUUUUGGACUACAACUCCCAUCAUCCCCAGAUAGCAGGACCAGUGAUUGAGGAUGAUGGGAAUUGUAGUCCAAAAACAGCCGGAGGCCCAAGUUUGGGAAACACUGAUUUAGUAUCUGCUUUCAGGCUCCUGCUACUUUGACAAGCUUUCCUCCUCUUAGCCAGCCUUCUUUCUCCUUUGCUAUGUGAUCCCGACCGCUCGGGGAUCCUAUAGCGAAUGUGAUGACAUAAUGAUACUAUGUAGCCAAUCACAUCUGGCUUAUGUGGCAACAUGGGCAAUCCUAGCCAAGCAAGGCACAGAUGUCCUCUCUGCCUACAGCAGGUCUCUCUCUGAAAGGGAAGCUGAUGGUCACAGCACCACGGAGAGCUCCAAAGAAGCAACUAACUCCAAGAAAGUCCAGAGGUGAAUUGAUGUCUCACUAGUCCCUCUCCUAAGCUCCACCCCUCUGCCUGAAGAGUGUACAUCCUUAAAGGGCUAGCCCCUAUCUAACCAGAAGGAAAGCACUUCUCUUUCCUGUGGGCAAGCAAGGUGGAGUGGAAAGUACUUUGCUCCUCAGACAGUUUGGGCUCAGGGCUCAGGAUUCCUUGGGGGCCCUGGCUUGGGUGUUGCAGGUUCCUGACCACCAGGUUCAGUAUCAGGAACCCAGUCUGGCUCCUCAGCCAGUGGUACAGCAGCCCCAGACUCAGCCAGCUCCUCCUCCACCUCCAUGCUUGAGGUUUGGGCCACAGCAGCUAACCGCCCUCACUCUGAAAUCACCAAAUGGGCAAAUGCUUCUGCCCACCCUUUUAUGCCAAGUUCCCAAAUGACACUGACUGGGGCAGUGCUUUUUGAAGCUACCAAAUAUGGGUUGCAAAAAGAACCGUGCCUUUUUGGCUCAGCCUUAUUUCAUACCCUCCAACAUUUCUUGGCUGAAAAUAGGGAUGUCCUAUUCAAUAAUAAUAAUAAUAAUAAUAAUAAUAAUAAUAAUAAUAAAAAAAAAUACCCCACCUAUCUGAUUGGGUUGCCCCAACAACUCUGGGCAGCUUCCAAAAUAUAUAAAAAAUAACAAAACAUUAAACAUUUAAAAACUUCCCUAUACAGGGCUGCCUUCAGAUGUCUUCUAAAGGUUGUAUAGUUACUUAUCUCCUUGGCUUGGGGAGUGACACAACUCCAUAACCUCCAACAUUUCUCUGAUGAAAAUAGGGACCUCCUAAGGAAAAGUGGGGACGCGGGUGGCGCUGUGGGUUAAACCGCAGAGCUUAGGACUUGCCGAUCAGAAGGUCGGCGGUUCGAAUCCCCGCAACGGGGUGAGCUCCCGUUGCUCUGUCCCUGCUCCUGCCAACCUAGCAGUUUGAAAGCACAUCAAAGCGCAAGUAGAUAAAUAGGUAGCGCUCUGGUGGGAAGGUAAACUGCAUUUCCGUGCACUGCUCUGGUUUGCCAGAAGCAGCUUAGUCAUGCUGGCCACAUGACCCGGAAGCUGUACGCUGGCUCCCUCGGCCAAUAAAGCGAGAUGAGCGCCACAAUCCCAGAGUCGGUCAUGACUGGACCUAAUGGUCAGGGGUCCCUUUACCUAAGGAAAAGCAGGACAUUCUGGGAUCAAAUCAGAAACCAGGAUGGCUUCUGUAAAUUCAAGACUGUCCCUGGAUAAUAGGGACACUUGGAGGGUCUGCUUAUUUGCUAUUCAUGCCUUUUUUUUCCAGAGGCAAUUUGCAGAAUUACCUUUGCCUAAGAGUUGCUGCGGCUACUGCUGUUUUUAAAACAAGUUUCCUAUAUAACCAUGCUAAUUUAGUAGUCUUUGUAUGCUGGGUAAUGUCUAGCUGCUGCCGUUUGAGACACACAAGCCCAGUACUCACACGUUGGGCAUUACUGUGUUUGCUUGGAAUGGAGUGCACUUUUAGCCCCACCCCUGUUUCAAAGAACAACAAGUUGCCUGCAGUUAUCUGAAGAAAAACUCCAAUGCACAAGCUCUGUGUGAUUGGGACACACAGUUGUGCAGAUGUAGAAUGCGGGUGGCGCUGUGGUCUAAACCACUGAGCCUCUUGGGCUUGCCGAUCAGAAGGUCAGCGGUUCAAAUCCACAGGAUGGGGUGAGCUCCCAUUGCUCUGUCCCAGCUCCUGCCAACCUAAUAAUAAUAAUAAAUUUUAUUUAUACCCUGCCCUCCCCAGCCAAGACCGGGCUCAGGGUGGCUAACAGCAGGUAUAAAAACAAUUGAUUAAAAUACAACUUAAAAUGCAGCCUCAUUUCAGUGGAAGCCCAGAUCAAAAACUGUUUGAGGGGAGAAAACAUCUAAUCUUCACCAUGGCCAACUAUCCAGACUGGUCCUACAUGGACCAGAAAAAAGCCAGGGAAGUCCCCAAAUAGGGGUUCCAUCACAGAAGGAAAAGGAAAGAGGGGGAGGGGAUCAGGUUGAUUCCAAGCCAAAGGCCAGGUGGAACAACUCUGUCUUACAGGCCCUGCGGAAAGAAAUCAGAUCCUGCAGGGCCCUGGUCUCAUGAGACACAGCGUCCCACCAGGCCGGAGCCAGUGUUAAAAAGGCCCUGGCCCUGGCUGAGGCUAAUCUGACUUCCUUAGGGCCCAGGACCUCUACAGUGUUGCUAUUUAUGGACCUUAAGGUCCUCUGCGGGGCAUACCAGGAGAGGCGGUCCCGUAGGUACGAGGGUCCUAGGCCACAAAGGGCUUUAAAGGUCAAAACCAGCACCUUAAACCUGACCCUGUACUCCACCGGGAGCCAGUGCAGCUGGAAAAGCACUGGGCGAAUGUGGUCCUGUGCGAGGACCCUGUAAGGAGCCUCGCCACGGCAUUCUGCACCCACUGGAGUUUCUGGGACAACUUCAAGGGCAGCCCUCGUAGCAGCAACCUAGCAGUUUGAAAGCAUACCAGUGCAAGUAGAUAAAUAGGUACUGCUGUGUCAGGAAGGUCAACAGCAUUUCCGUGCGCUCUGGUUUCCGUCACAGUGUUCCGUUGCACCAGAAACAGUUCAGUCCUGCUGGCCAUAUGACCCAGAAAGCUGUCUGUGGACAAACGCCUGCUCCCUUGGCCUGAAAGCGAGAUGAGCGCCACAACCCCAUAGUCGCCUUUGACUGGACUUAACCAUACAGGGGUCCUUUACCUUUUUAUCUGCAGGAAUCCUAAUUGUGUGGAGGCUGUAUACAUGGUCAGGAGCUCAUGAACUGGGGUGUCUCUUCAGGCAACUGCAGACAACCUGUAGCUGCUUGAGGAAGGAGGUUUGACCUCAGAGGCAGGACAAAAGCACAGUCCAAGUAAACAUACCAGUGUACUCCAUUCAUAUGUUGUCUGUCUGGCCUUUUUCUCAGUCCUUACCUGGAGACACCAUGUGUUCUUAUCAUUGAGCGCCAAUCCAUGAACAGAGCUCAUCUCUGCUUGGGCGGGAGCCAAGGAAAAUAAUUUUGCAGUAAGAUUAUACCUUAAAUAGGCAAACAAACAAUAUUCUGUUCCAUGCAGCUACCUGGGGGGAAAAGUAGCCGCAGGAGCACUGUGUUUUAUUAUUUGGGGACAACAGCAGCUGUUUUAAAGAUGAAUACGAUCACUCUCGGAGUCUGCCUGCUAACUCCUGGCCAAUAUAUCUUUGUAAAGAAAUAGGGUACAGUGGUACCUCUGGUUACGUACUUAAUUAGUUCCGGAGGUCUGUUCUUAACCUGAAACUGUUCUUAACCUGAAGCACCACUUUAGCUAAUGGGUCCUCCUGCUGCUGCCAUGCCGCCGGAGCACGAUUUCUGUUCUCAUCCUGAAGCAAAGUUCUUAACCCAAGGUACUAUUUCUGGGUUAACGGAGUCUGUAACCUGAAGCGUAUGUAACCUGAAGCAUAUGUAAUCCGAGGUACCACUGUAUUAGAAAUGGCAACAUGAGUCAUCCACAGAAACCUGUAAAAGCUGUCCCUUAAAAAUUUCAGCAAUUUGAAGAAGUAGGGAGUGCAAAGCCGUCUUUUUAGGAGGCAGGGAACGUCAAGUACAGAGUGAGUAUGCAACCCCCAGUAUGUCUUGCUAAAAAUAAACCCUUUGAUAGCUUGAGCAAAGAAUGUGAAAUGCUUGCAUAAGCGUGAACAUCAUGCUGACAAUUACUAGAAAUUAGUUUGAGUUUCAUGAUCUUGCUUAGUUUACAUACCAUAUCUUAACUUCUUUCCUCUUUAAAUAGACUUACGGAUAGCCCAUUUCCUCACUAGGAGAACGCUUGUAAAGAUGCAAACAAAUGCAAUCAAAUAACACCUGCGAGUAAGUCUAAUUGAAUUCAUAAGUGGGGCUUCCUUCAAAGUUGCAAAUCACUGAAUGCUGCAAAUCCCAUUUUGCUUGAGAACAUUCACUAUAUGACACUGCCCAUCAGAUAUUCUCACCAUCUCAAACACAAAUACACAAAAUCCCCGAGAGCUAAAGCAAAUUUGUUGGGGAAGGAUCUUUACGGCUCUUAAAUGUCAGCUUUUCAGGCAAGCAAUCUGUUGCUAAACAUCUCAGAGUUGAGAUGGAAAAACAGGAUGUCAACAUGUGAUAUUUAAAUUCCAAGUGAAUUGCCAGAUUUAGGAAUAUGCUCAAACACAAACAGUGCAUUUAAAAGACAAAACGGUUGAGUCUGAAAUUUGCAUCCUGCUCAAGGAAUACAAGCCCAAUAUGGGACUUGUUUCAGAUCAACAUGUGAACUUCAGCUUCCUGCAUCUCUGCAACAUUAUGGAUUUUUCUUAUUUCUUCACCCCCACCCCACCCCAGAUUUCCUUCCUCCCUUAAACUCUUCGCUCAAGCUUUCACCUCUGUCCUUAUUCUUCCGGUCCAUCACCUACUGCAACUUUCUUUUCUCAGUAACCGCCCAACUUAUCACAUCCUGCUGGUUAUAUAUCCCCCUGCCCCCACUUUUCCUAGCCUCCUAUGCACCCCUUUCCAUAGACUUUUAUUCCUUCUCGGCCCAUCUUUAGGAUCUGAGCUGCUCAGCCAAUGACUGCCUGCCCUGCCCUUCUUUGACGUUAGAGCAGCUCAGCCAGUCACUGCCAAAGGCGCCAUUAGAAGCCCCACAAAAUCUGUUCCUGCUCUGCUCUCGCACAGUGUUUUGAAACCCUCUUCCUGUUACGAAACUAUAAACGAGGUAUGCAGCAAUUUGCCAGGUGCCCUCAGGGAUUUGAAAUCAGGGAUUUGAAGUUUGGAAAGAUGCACAUUUUUCACUCGGAUUUUUCACUCGGAAUAAUGGGCGUUCAAAACUCCCAUUAUUCCAGGCGGAUUUUGCGACGGGGAAUUUCAUUAGCGUGAGCAGUUUCUGAGCUCUGGGCGCAAUACUGCUCCUAAGAUUUCAGAUUAAAACUGCAGAGUGGAAGGAAAGGAGGACCUUUUUUCUGCCUCCCCCCUUCCAGCUACUCUCUGAAGACUGGAGAAGAGACCCUCUUAAUAAUAUUAGGGGGGUGGGGGUGGGCAGAACUAGACCAUGUGAAAAAUGAACAUAAUAUUUUAGCUGCAGUUCAUUCAUUUUCAGCUUUGUAUUCUUGUUAUAUAUAAAAAAGUGCAUCUAGACAUUCUCUUGUUGCACCCAUAGCCUAGGUUUUAAGGUGCCAUUUAGAUCCUAGCUCUCAUAUCUCGGUUUCUAACACUGAUUCAAGAUACAUAUCUAGAAGGUCAUGCCUUUGGGGGUCAAAAAUCAGCCUGGCUAAAGCUUUUCUCUCUUCAUAUAUGUAUUUAAAAGAUAACCUUGAAACAGCCUGCACUGGAUUUCCCCUUCUGCACAGACAGGCUGCCACAUAUUUUCACCGAUGCAUGUUGUGCGGUCCAAAUUGCGAAGAAGUGGCAACUCCACAACCAACUCUCUAUCUGAAUGUCCUUCACAACAAACAACACGGCAUGGCGCACAGCUGCAGUUGUCCGACUGCUCCCGUGCUGAAAGCGUUGUGUUACCCCGCAAUGCAUGCGCUGAAUUUGCGAGUAGCUGUUUGUCAACAAGCUUAAAAGUACUUGCCUUUUGGGGGGGAUUCAGGUCCACUGACUGCACUUGACUGAUUUAGAUGAUGACAACUCUUCUGGCGUUUCCUCCCAGGCUGCUGGUUACACAACAGCUCCCCUUGUCCUGCUGCAUUCAGUUUAUUCAAAUGCUAUUUUUAAUUGUGUUAAUUAUAAACCAUGAUCUGUGUUCUUCCAGCGGACUCCCAAACAUUUCGGAGUGUCAGGCAGCUGGGGUAGCAAUGGAGAGCAGCCCAGAUCUGAACAGAUUCUCAGCUAUCAAUUAGCAUCAUCAGGGCAUCCUAGGCUAUUUGAGGGUCCCGCUCCUGCUACCCAGGUGAGAGGAUGUGGGGAAAGGAACGGAACAGAUAGCAAGGCUUGCAUAUUUUUUAUGCCAGCAGAAACUGGGAUGGUAAAGAGAGAUGCUCUGUCUGCUGUCAUAUAUUUGAUUAAGAACAAAGCCACAAAUGCUUCGAAAGAGGAGACAGCUCCGUAACUGUGAGAUUACUGUGGGCUCCUUGCUACGCCACAUUUUAUGCCAAGGAUAUGACCUCACAAAUCCUUUAUGAAGUCAGAUGCAGAUGGCAAAUGUGUGUCAUACUAUGUCACAGAAGGGCACCGGUACAGUGACCAUCAAAGCUGAAAUGGCCAUUAAAUAAUUUUUGGGGGUCAUUUGGAGUAGCUCGCUCAUGUCACAAUGAAAAUUGUAACUGUUGCCAGCCCAACCAGUGAGGGAUCACCUUGAAAUAAGUAAAUAAUGCCUACAGCUGUUAAUAUAAUUAAUGAGAUCUUUUAUAGGUCAUCUAUGGGCUUUCAUUCCUAGAAAUCGCUGGAUUUAUACUGACAUCUGCUGGUGCUGAGAAUCGUAACACCUCUGUUUUCCCACCCUAUCCACCAAAUGAUUGUUUUUCCCUAAUGGAUUUUAGCUGGAUUAUUUCCAGCCUAACAAAGUGGCACUCUAAACAAGUGAUUGUUCAGAAUCAGACCCUAAUUUCUGGGGUGAAAGCACUUCAGGAUCAAGAGUAUCUAUACUUUUAAAGCUACCUUAUUUCUUGUGUGGGAAUCUAAGCACAUGCCAAUAUCUCAUUUAGGAUUGUGGAUUAAUUUUAAAUUUCACUAAACUAAACUCUCACUGUAUUUCAUAUUGCCAAUCCACUCUGUCAUAGGUUCAGGGUGGGAAUAAUUUAUGUAAAAACAUGACACUGUAAAACAGAUUAAGUCAGGCUUCCUCAAACUUGGCCCUCUAGAUGUUUUUGGCCUACAACUCCCACGAUCCCUAGCUAGCAGGACCAGUGGUCACGGAUGGUGGGAAUUGUAGUCUCAAAACAUCUGGAGGGCUGAGUUUGAGGAAGCCUGGAUUAAGUUAUUAGAUCAAGAAUGGGGUAUGUGUAGCCAUCCAAAUGUUGUUGGACUCCAGUACCCAGCAGUCUCAGCCAGCAUGGCCAAUGAUCAGGGAUGAUGGAAUCUGUAGUCUAUCAACAUUUGCAACUGCAGCAUUAAAAGAUGAGUUUGCAGGAAAGGACUUGUUUAUUUUUUACAUUUAUUUGUUUAUGUAUUAUUUUGUAUUUUAAAUACUGCUUGCUCAAACUUAAGACCUCUAAGUGGUUGUAGAAAUUACUAUACAGUGUUCAUGAAGCGCUACACAAACAUUGUUUUAUACAAAAGCAUGUACAAAAACCCUUUAAAAGCAAAUUCCAUUCUCAUCUCAUCCAUCAUAUGCCUUCACUUGCCGGGUCUUGGCUCAUUUGAUUUUGUUUUAAUGUUUAAAUGGUGUGUUUUCUUAAUGGCCACUUCUCCAUUACAGGAAACUUCUUUAGGGAAUAGAAUAGUUUGUGAUCCUUUUACAAAUUGUAUAUCGGCAAUCAAAAACAAACAGAAAAUUUCCUUUCAGUCCAGCUUUCUAUUUUUAUUGAAGUUAAAGUACACCCCCCUGACUUGAACAUUUUUCAAACAAAAUGAGCAUGGAUGAAAACCAGAUAUCUAGCAUGUGAAUCUGUUGAAUGAGUUGGAUCUGGACCUUUGCUUGACCAGUGCAGUUUGCAAAACACAAUCUGAGCCCCUUCAUCUGAAUCCUUGUCCAGGGUGAUAAGAUCUGGGGAAGAGAAGAAGCUCUUUGUCUGCAACAACUGCUGCUUUUGCUUGGAGAGAGCAGGUGAACAAGCAGUAAACAGCAGCUCCAGGGCUUGUCAAGCUGGAGUUUGGGCCUUGGGAGAUGCUCCUUGUGUGCUUCUGUAG